UUUCUUUCCUCUUCUCUUCUCUUCUCUUCUUCAAUUUCUUCUUCAUCUUUCUUCCAACUUCAACAAGAAAAACAUUCAUAACCUCUUUUUCUUUCCUCUAAUUUACUUCUCUCAACACUGCAUAAGAAUCACCAAGCCCAUUUUCAAGUUUCCCCAACACUUUUCAUGAAGCCCUCACAAAAAGUUAACCUUUUCAUUUAAUUCUUCUCAUUAUUUUCUUAUUAAGAGGAUGGAGAUAAUAACACCAACGCCACCACCAACAGCCGUCACUACCACAAACGCCGCCCCCAAAUCGCCGGAACUCGACAUAGAGACUCCCACCCGGAUCCAUCAAGCCGCAGGAAACCCGAAUCCCAGUCCAAAGCCGGUGUCUUUCUCCAACGGGGUCUUGAAGCGCCACCAUGCAAACAACCGCACCGCCGCCCCGGUGGUUUACAAGGAAUGCUUGAAGAACCACGUCGCCAGCUUAGGCGGCCACGCCCUCGACGGCUGCGGCGAGUUCAUGCCGUCGCCCGCGGCAACCGCCGACGACCCCAGCUCCAUCAAAUGCGCCGCAUGCGGCUGCCACCGUAACUUCCACCGCCGCGAGCCAGAGGAGCCGCCAAUUUCUCCGGCGACGCAUCAUGUUCUGGAGUACCAGCCCCACCACCGUCACCACCCUCCUCCGCCACCGCCGCACCGGAGUCCGAAUUCCUCCUCUCCGCCGCCGAUCUCCUCCUACCCCUCCGCACCCCACAUGCUCCUCGCCCUCUCCAGCGGCGGCGGCCUCUCCGUGGCCCCGGAGAACACCGCCGCGCCGGCUCUGGCGCACCACUCCCGGAAGCGCUUCCGCACGAAAUUCACCCAGGAGCAGAAGGAGAAGAUGCACGAGUUCGCCGACAAAGUGGGGUGGAAGAUGCAGAAGCGCGACGAAAACAUGGUCAUGGAGUUUUGCAGCGAGGUUGGUGUCGACAGAGGAGUCCUCAAAGUGUGGAUGCACAACAACAAGAACACUUUUGCCAAAAAGGACAACCUCAAUGGUAGCCCUGCUAACGGGACUAACCAUGUCGCCUCUCCAAACAAAGCUACCGUCAGAAGCAACGUUAACGGCCUCGAACAGGAACACGGCGGCGGAAUCAACGGUAACAGCGACCACGACCACAACCACAACCUCGGUUCUUCUCAUGAUGUGAACGAGUACGAUAAUGACAGUGGAACAAAUGGUGGUGGAACAAACGGGUCUUCUUCUUCUUAAAAAAAAAUGGAAAAAAAAAUUUCAGAAUAAUGAUAUGCUUAGAUGAUAGAGUAAUGAAGAGGUGGCACCGGUUAAUUACUCGAUUAGUCGUUUUUCUCUUUCUCUUUUUUUUUUUAAUUUUCAUUUAAUUGUUUAGUUUUGGUUAAUUAAUGAGAUGAUCACCUUCUUGACAUUGGAGAGAUUUGGUUUUGAUGAUACCCUUAGGGAAUUUAAUUUUGUUGUUUCAUUCUGCUGCUUA